GGAAGAUUCUAGGAUUACUGGGUAGUACUUGCAGCCCUAAUUCGGCAUUUCUUCUCGUUUUCAUGAAAGGCAUGGAGCAUUGGAGCUCUUUGUAUUUUUGAAUUCCAGUCCCACCACAUUUUCUGGGUUAGCUUUUCUUCUGUGACUCUCUAUUAUUGUUAUAGCGCUCUCUGUAUUUUGAAUUCCAAUCCCACCAUAUUUUCUGGAUUAGCUGUUCUUCUGUGACUCUCUAUUAUUGUUAUAGAGCUCUCCAUAUUUUUGAAUUCCAGUCCCAUCAUAUUUUCUGGGUUAGCUGUUCUUCUGUGACUCUCUAUUAUUGUUAUAGAGGUCUCUUUAUUUUUGAAUUCAAGUCCCACCACAUUUUCUGGGUUAACUUUUCUUCUGGAUAGAUUCCUAGCUAAUCAUAAUUGUUUGGGGGCAAACAAGAGACUCCUGGGAAGUUCAGGGAAAGAGUGGCAUAAAUGAAAUUAACCGAAAUAGGAGGCUGAUAUGCAUCUUUAGUUUAAUAGUCAUCUGAGUUUCUAAUCUAUAGAAUCCUACAGCCAUGGAUCUCCCAAAACCAAAGAGGAGAAGUAACCGCCUCCUCUUAAAGCAGAAGAAAGAAGUAGCUGAAGAUGAGCCCAAGAAUGGAUUUGGUUGUUUGCCGCCAGAAAUCGCCAAGGACAUUCUCUCGAGGCUUCCCAAUGUCAAAUCUAUUUUCCAGUUCAGGUCUGUUUGUCGUUCCUGGGAACUCUGGUCUCAUGAUUCCCAUGUUUUUCGGAUGCACUUCUCUCGGAGCAGUAGUACACGGCCGAAACUCCUCUAUUUCUAUUCAUUACUUGAAAAUGAACUCCACUUUGUCGAAUUCUCCGAUAUUAAUGAAAAAGGAUUGAUUGCAAGUAAAAUUGAAAAUGCAUUUGUCGAUCUCACACCAAGAUCAUUUUCGGUGCUGGGCUCAUUCAAUGGCAUCAUGUUUUUAAGAGAUGUAUGUAAUUUUAAGUGGAAAUGCCUAUAUAAUUCUUUCACAAGGGACUAUAAACUUGUACCUGAGGUGGACUCUGAAUAUUACCGGUUAUCUUAUUCAUAUUGGGUUGCAUGCCAUCCAGUUACCCAGGAGUACAAAGUAUUUGCUAUGCGCACUGUUUUAGGUUUGACUGAACUUAGGUCAAUAGCCUAUGUAUAUAGUUUGAGUAGAAAUGAGUGGACAAGAUUAGGAGAGUUUCCUUUUAAAGUAGAAGAUCGGUCAAGAAAUCAAGGAGUUUUGGUCAAUGGGAGACUCCACUGUGUGACUGUGAAAAACGAAGGGAAAUUGUCUCUUCUUCCUAAUAUAACAUCGAUUGACAUCAUGAAUUAUUCUGUCAAGGAGGUUCCAAUGCCUGCGGAGGUUAUAUUUCGAAAUAGUAAGAGAUCUCAACUUGUUGUUUUAGGGGGAUGUUUGUCGGUUGGCGUAAGAAGAGUUGAUUCAAGGGUGCAUAUUUGGGUGAUGAAAACAUACGGAAUGGAAUCAUCUUGGGUGAAGCAGUAUGUUUUUGGGAGCGAAUUUCUUAAGUUUGAUCGCAAUUGGAGGAGCCAUGGGGACGAAAUGUUACGGAUUGUAUGCCUUCUUAACAAUGAGGAAAUCUUGCUAGCUUACGAUGAACGCGAGCAAGGAACUUUGAUUGCGUACAAUUUUGUUACUAAAGGUUAUAAGACUCUCACUUUUGGGGGAACGCUGCCAACAACGUCAUGUCGUGCAAUAUUUGAUUCAUGCUGCUGGUCAGCUUAAGGCAAAGCAUAUUCAAUCUAUUUCCAGCUAUCUACAUUCAACCAUGGUGAAUUUUCCAAAGUCUAAGAAAUAAGAGCUUUUACAUUCUAAGUUACCAAGGCCGAUCACUUCUUGCACUUUUACUUUCUUCCUGUUACUUGGAUUUAGGUGUAGCCUAAAGUGCAGUUACGCCGUUUUGCUUAUGACACUUAUUAUGAUCUCCAUUUCUGAAUUCCAUGAUCUGAAUAUAUGUGUGAUAACUUUCUUCAACAGUUAUUUAUAUAUGCUCUUCUGCAUUAUCUCAUUGCAUA